AUGGACAUGCGCCGCGCCUACACGGACCUCGUGACGCUGGACAAGCAGCUGCGGGAUCUCCUGCGGGCCAAUCCACUCAACGCCCACGACGCGAACGCCCUGCGCCGUCAGCUCAUGGACGCUGCAAUGCGGCUCGCAGACGCCUACCCCUUGUUUGCCGCCGAGAAGGAGGUGGAACUCGCACUGUGGAAACCCUGUUUCUAUCGCCGGAUCGAGGACUUUCGUCGCCGUAUCCGCAAGUACGCAGCAGCUGCUCAGACAGAGCGCAAUGUGCGUGAACACUUUGACCGCGUGUCGAAAGAGUUUCAGCUUUUCUUGGCGGAAGCUGCGGGUUUCUACACGCACUUGAGGGACGUGUUUGCGACGUGGCUGCAGCGCGCGCAGCAAGGAGAUGCUGUGGCGACCGACAGAAGUGACGCUACCCGCUGUCGCCAGAGUUUGCACCGCUGCUACGUGUUCCUCGGAGACUUGGCGCGCUACCAAGAACUACACAGUCAACGAGCGAAAAAGAACUUUGCCGCGGCCGGUGCGCUGUAUUACCGUGCGUUGGCAGUGAUGCCCGAGAACGGAAACCCGCACAACCAAUUGGCAGUACUGGCGACAUACGUUGAGGCAGAGACAGUGGCAGUGUACCGCUAUUGCAGGAGUCUGUUGACGGCACAGCCGUUUACAACAGCAGAAGAGAAUUUGGCACUGCUUUUUGAGCGCAGUCGACAGCGUCCGCUGGCUGCUCCCAUGAAGUUCACGUCGUUGUCUCUAUCGUCGAAGGAAAAGUCGGCGUUGUUGAAGAGCUACUUGCACCGUCUCACACGAAUGCACGGCAUCUUGUUUGUGCUGUCGUCGCCACGUGGGUCUCACACCACGCCGUCGAGUAGCAAUGAGGGACUGGUGCCGACGUAUCCGCGCGACAUGGAGGCUGUGCUUUUCAAAGACUUGCGAACGCUGUUGCAUGCAGGUGUGGUGGGAGACUCAUUGCUGCUGAAGGUCGUGGUGACGAACAUCUUUUGCAUGAUCCGCGCAGCAGACUCGCGCUCGCAAUCUACACCAAUGGGAGAUGCGCUUCGUCUUUCUGUUCGUACAACGUCGACUGUCAUGGAGUUUAUUUCAGAAAUGCUGGACAUGAAGUCGAAGGCGGGUACGAGUAGCAAGAGUCUGAAAGAUUCGGCGCUUUCGGCGCUGCGAUUCUUGGGUCCGGUGGCAGUCUUUUGCCAAUAUCUGGAGCUACACCCGGAUAUGCUGGAGCAACUGGAGCAGCUUUUGGUGCAUCGUGAGAAGAAACUAUACAGCGAUGUAGCAGCGAACGAACAAGGAGCAGGCGCAGACCAGUUCUUUUCCGUGUUUCUUGGCACGUUGGCUAAGCUCGUGAACCAUGCGCGCAUGCGCGAGUUGUACACUCCGCUGUUGUCGAACACCGAACAGCAAGGCAGUCUGCCGUUUUUUGUACGCGAACAAGAGCACCUGCUGAAGGAAAGCCUCGAGCUUCGAGGGUUCACACCGCUUGAGCAAGAAGGUGCCGCGUCAACGUGGAUGGAUGAAGUGGCACUGCAGACGUCAGCUACUGGAGCAAGCAGUGAAUCGCAAUCGACGCCGUUGUCAGACGACGAGGCUGCAAAGCUUCGUGCAUGGAGGUUGUAUAGCUUUGCGCGGUAUUUGUGCGAUGGCUACAUGGGAGAACCGCUGCUGUUUUGUAGUGCAUCGGGACUGUUCACGACAUCGCCAGUGGUCAGUACAAACGACCCUCUGCAUGAGAAUGGCAUGUCAGACGCACUAGCUUCACUAGAUCUCGGGUACUUUUCGGCCAAGACCAUUCAGCAGCAACAACCGCAGGAAACCUUCGGCAGCGGUUAUGGCGCUGGCACGAGCGUCGAUGAGGACGACGACUUUGAUGACGAGGUGAUCGUGUUCAGGCCAUCGCCAGCUUUUGGCGCGAUGGCAAAUGACCAGGCGACUAAGCCACCUGGUGCAAGUGCAAGCAUUGCACCUUCCUUCGGUACGUCAUCAGGAGGCGACGCCUUCAGCCUCCGAUCUCCGAGCCCGAUCUCGUCAGCAGAUGACCGGGGUCAUGCCAGCACUGGCAGUCAGAGCGGCGCGUUCGGCAUUGGCAAGUGUUCGUUUGGUUCAAGCCUCGGCUACCCCAGCUUUGACACUUUCAAUGGAAAAGGUGGCUUACCGAACGCGUCCCUCGUGUCAGGGUGGGAAAGCAGUGCCGGUAACAGCGGCUCAACGAGCAAUAACACAGCACAAAGAGGCACUCGGGAUGGUGCUCUGGGUAUGCCAAUCAGCGGUAACAAUGGGCUGCGCAGUGAAACUGGGACGCCUUCCACCACUUCUGGUGGAAAUGGUGGUGCACAGGGACUCGGCUCAAGCAGCCAUGUUGGCAGGACUCAGACUUUUGCCCCUAUGGCCGAUUUGGCAGCUGUGGAGCGUGCGGCGGCACUGUACCAGCAAAAGACUUCGAGUUUGAGUGCGUUUAUGAGCGCCCCGACACUGUCGAGCCACGCGGAGUCGCCGAGUCCGUCGUCUUCGCGAGUGCGUGCCCGCCCGCCUCCAGGUUUUGCUGCCGCUUUGAUGGGAGGCCAGCAGCAGCAACAGCAGCGCUUGCCAAACUCGUUUUUUAACCCGUAA